AUGCCUACUCAAUUAGAGGAAUUGGUUUCAUUUUUACACUCACCUCAACCAGCAGUUAGACAAAUUGCGUUAGACAAUUUAGUUGGUUUUAGUACUGGUCCAACAGCAAAUAUUUUUAAAUAUGACAAUUAUAGGGCCAUUAAGGAUCUAAAGGAGCUAUCUAGGGAAAAUUCCAAGGUUUUGGUUCAACAAUCCGUUACUAUCUUGGCUAAUUUAUGUGAUGAUGUUGAAAUGAGAAAGCUAAUCGCUGAUGAUAAAGAAUAUGUUGAAUAUUUAACAUGGAAAAUUUGUGAUUUAGAAAAUACCAAUGCUGAUAUUAUGUGUAUUCUAUUGAGUAAUAUUGCCAAGGAAAAUAUUGUUACCUGUGUCUUCGACUUCACAAGAACUGAUAGUGAUGGUGACAAGAAACUACCACCUUUAGACAAAAAUGUUUUUAAAAGUAAUAAAGUUAUGGAUUGUUUAAUGGACUGUUUUGUUAAAGGUUAUGAUAGAAAGUUGAAUAAAUUUGCUAACUACGAUUAUUUGUCUUACUUUUUCGCAGAUAUCUCAAGAUUCAAAACUGGUAGAGAAUAUUUUACUGAAACUCAAGAGUAUGAUAACGUCGUUCCAAUUUCAAAACUACUAGUAUUCACUGAAAAAUAUGAUUCAAAGACUAGAAGAGAAGGUGUUGCAUCAACUAUAAAAAACUCUUUGUUUGAUGCUUCUACCCAUGAAAGAAUUCUAAACGAUGAAGAUAUUAAUUUGUUACCUUAUAUUUUGUUGCCAAUUGCAAGUGCAAAGGAUUCCGAAAUUGAUGAAGAAGAUAUGUUCAACCUACCAGAUGAAUUGCAAUUACUUCCUGAAGAUAAAGUUAGAGAUCCUGUUCCAGCUAUCGUUUGUGUUCAUUUGGAAAGUAUCUUAUUGUUAUGUACCAGCAAUGCUGGUAGAGAAUAUAUGAGAAACAAGUCAGUUUAUCCUUUAGUUAGAGAAUUGCAUAAGAAUGUCGAAAACGAAGAUAUUGGCGAAUUAUGUUACAGAAUUGUUAACAUGAUGAUGAGAGGUGAGCCAAAUGCAGGUCCAGUUGAAGAAUUACCAAUCAAAAAUGGUGAAGAUCCUGAAGAAGAAGAAAGUGAAAUGCAAAAUAAACAAAUAGAGGAAGAUGACGAUGAAGAUAGCGAUGAAGAAGAUGCCAUUAUAGAAGUUGUUUAA